AUGCAAUCUGUAAGACAGAAACAAACAACAAUGCAAUGUCAAGUAUGCUUCAAUGAAAAAUCCCAAGCAAAUUUUGCGACAAAAUAUAGUCAUCAAUGUCGUCAUAAAGAACGUUCAAUUUGUGAUGAUUGCCUUUAUCAACAUGUUAAACAAGAACUUGGGAAGAUGUGUACAGAUGAUGUUCGUUGCCCUGAGUUAAAUUGUGGUAUUGGUUUUAAAUAUAGAAUUGUACUAAAAAUUUUAUCAAGGAACAAUGAUAUGCAAUUAGUUAAUAAAUAUGAACGAUUUGUUCUUCAUAGACAAUUAGAAAAUAUGCCAGAAUUUAUUUGGUGUGCACAUGGAUGUGGAAUGGGACAAUUAAACGAAGGUGGACAUGACAAUAAUAUUGUUCUAUGUGAUAAAUGUCGUAGGAAAACAUGUUUUACACAUAAAACAAAAUGGCAUGAAGGGCGUACAUGCCAUGAAUAUGAUGCUACUAAAAAUCCUGCACAACGAGCUACACAAACUUGGAUUGCACAAAAUUGUAAAAAAUGUCCAAAAUGUUCUUGUCGAAUAGAAAAAGCAUCUGGAUGUGAUCAUAUGACUUGUACAAAAUGUCGAUAUGAAUUCUGUUGGUCAUGUUUAGCAGAUUAUAAUGCUAUUCGACAAGAUGGAAAUCAUCGACAUGAUCCUAACUGUAAACACUAUGCUGCAUAUAAUGAACAAUAA